UCGGUUUGUGGGCUCAUCUAAAGGUUCCGGCUCUCAUCCAAGUGACUUCUUCAGUCUCAGCUGAUCAGCAGGAGGAGAAGAGUCUGACGGAGCACCAGACGAACAUUUUCAGCCGUUUGGACUCAGCUCAGCUGCUACAGUGGACAAAAAUGUCAUCAACACAAAAGGACCAACAUGGAGCAAGACGUCAGCGCUCUCAGGAGGCCGACAAACAUCACAGAAGAAAGAGAGAGAAAACAUACAGCUGUGAUGAGUGUGGAAAGGAUUUUACUCAUGCUGGAAGCUUAAAAAGACACCAACUCAUCCACAGUGGAGUUGAGCCGUAUAGUUGUGAUGAAUGUGGAAAGUCUUUUACUCAGGCUGGACACUUCAAAACACACCAACUCAUCCACAGUGGAGUUAAAGCAUACAGCUGUGAGGAGUGUGGACUGUCUUUUAACCGGGCUGGAAGCUUAAAAACACACCAACUUGUCCACAGUGGAGUUAAAGCAUACAGCUGUGAGGAGUGUGGACUGUCUUUUAACCGGGCUGGAAGCUUAAAAACACACCAACUUGUCCACAGUGGAGUUAAAGCAUACAGCUGUGAGGAGUGUGGACAGUCUUUUACUCUGGCUGGAAGCUUAAAAAGACACCAACUCAUCCACAGUGGAGUUAAAGCAUACAGCUGUGAGGAAUGUGGACAGUCUUUUAACCGGGCUGGAAACUUGAAAACACACCAAUUCAUCCACAGUGGAGUUAAAGCAUACAGCUGUGAGGAGUGUGGACUGUCUUUUAACCGGGCUGGAAGCUUAAAAACACACCAACUUGUCCACAGUGGAGUUAAACCGUACAGCUGUGACUUGUGUGGACAGUCUUUUAACCGGGCUGGAAACUUGAAAAGACACCAACUCAUCCACAAUGGAGUUAAAGCAUACAGCUGUGAGGAGUGUGGACUGUCUUUUAACCGGGCUGGAAGGUUAAAAACACACCAACUUGUCCACAGUGGAGUUAAACCGUACAGCUGUGACUUGUGUGGACAGUCUUUUAACUGGGCUGGAAGCUUAAAAAGACACCAACUCAUCCACAGUGGAGUUAAAGCAUACAGUUGUGAUGAAUGUGGAAAGUCUUUUACUCAGGCUGGAAGCUUAAAAACACACCAACUCAUCCACAGUGGAGUUAAAGCAUACAGCUGUGAGGAGUGUGGACAGUCUUUUAACCGGGCUGGAAACUUGAAAACACACCAACUCAUCCACAGUGGAGUUAAAGCAUACAGCUGUGAGGAGUGUGGACAGUCUUUUAACCGGGCUGGAAGCUUAAAAACACACCAACUUGUCCACAGUGGAGUUAAACCGUACAGCUGUGACUUGUGUGGAAAGUCUUUUAACCGGGUUGGAAGCUUAAAAACACACCAACUCAGCCACAGUGGAAUUCAGGCGUCUAGCUGUGAUCAGUGUGAUAAAGCUUUUACUCAAAGUAUCCACUUACAGCUUCAUCAAGUUACCCACUCUGGAUUUAAGGCAUACAGCUGUCACAUUUGUGGAAAAACCUUCCGCUGGCCAGGCAGCCGAAAUAUUCACCUACGCAUUCACACCAAAAAUGAUGUUUGCUGCUGUGAUCAGUGUGGCAAAAUUUUUGUCACAUACGAAAACUUACAACGGCACAUGUUAACCCACACUGAGGAGAGACCUUAUAAAUGUGACCUGUGUGAGAAGACUUUUAAAUCUCCACUUAACCUCAAAUCACACCAAAAGAUUCACACCAGAAAGAGACUCUACAACUGCAGUUACUGUGAGAAGCAGAGCGACACAGAUGGAUGUCAACCCUGUCGUCAUUGUGGUGGUGGGAAAGAGUUUCUCUGUGACCUUUGUGGAAAGACAUUUAAUCAGCAAGAGAGCCUAAAAUGACAUCAAUGUAGACACACUGUAGAGAAAAAGAACUACUGCAAAGAAUGUGGGAGAGGCUUCCCCACACCGAGUGAAUUAAAACAACAUGAACUCUGUCACAGCUGGGUCAAAAAGCACGUGUGUGACCAGUGUGGGUCAUCAAUCAUCAGUGCAUAUCAUCUUAAAGUGCAUAAAAGAGUCCACACAGGAGAGAAACCAUACAAGUGCAGACACUGUGACAAAAGGUUCUCACUGUCAGGGAGUCAUAACAGACAUGAACGUACACAAAUGGAGGGGAACAUCAGUUGUGACCAGUGUGACAAGAGCUUCAAGAAUCUCAGUUCAUACUCUUCUCACAAGUGAUCCCACGCUGUAAAUAAACAGUUUCACUGUUACCAAUAUGCAAAACCAUUCACUUCAUUAUCUGCUCUGUGCAAACAUCAGCGUGAUCAUGCAGAACUAAAAUCACCAGAUCACAAAGAAUCUGAAGAGACAGAAAGAUCCUCUUCCUGUUUCAUCGUCAGACUUAAAAACCUUGAGAUCAGGCUCCACAGAGAUCAGAUGGAGUCUCCUGUAAAGAGUGUCAGCUGAUGUCACACUUGGAUCUGAUGAGGUAGCUCUGCUUUCUGCGCCUGCAGUGAAUAAGCCUGGAUAUUACAUUUAUGAAGCUGCAAGUAGAGAUAUGUAUACUCUUUUUGUUCUGUUUAUUCUUUGUGGAAUUUUACGAUGGUAAGCACUAGUAGUAGUAGUAUGAAACUCAUUUAGAAACCAUUUAAAGUUUGGUGGAGGCUUAUAUCCUGUUCUACCAAAUCUAAAUAUUUCACACCCAUUGAUCCUGAAAACCUUCAAUAUGAACUAAAGCCAUCAACAGGAUGUGAAACGACCACUGAUGUGACUUUAUAUCCAAGAAAAAGAUAAAAACUUCAGCUGAUCUGGGUGUGGGCUGUACUUCUCAGUAUUACCACCUUAAACAACUUGAUUGUUUUGUGGUUUCAUUGACUCUGUUAGGUCCUGUUAGGUCCAACAAUCCUUCCUGGAUUCAGUGUUUUGGUAUGAGGUGUUUGUGGGAAGACAACAGAGCGCCACCACUGUGUCAGGCUUUUAGUUUUCAUGCCACGUGUAACAGGACUCAAAUCUCUCAAAAAAUACAGCGUCUGUCUCAUCUGCCCGCAAAUAUCUGGAUGUUUUGUUGGCAGAUGUGAGAUGAGCCUUUUUGUUGUUGAAUCUCUCCCAUGGAGUCCAUCUUUGCCCAGUCUCUUUCUUAUUGGCGAAUCAUGACCUUAUCUAAGCUAAGUGAGGCAUGCAGUUCUUUAGAUAAUUUUCUGGGUUCUUCUGUGACCUCCUGGUUGAGUCAUCGAUGCGCUCUUGCAGUAAUUCUAGUCGGCCAGUUGCUCCUGGGAUGCUUCAGUACUCUUCAAUGUUUCCUCUAUCUGGAUAAUGGCUCGUGAUUCACAUGAGUCCCAAAUCCUUAGAAAUGACUUUGUAACCUUUCCAGGCUGAUCGAUGUCAGUGACUUUGUUUCUGUGCCGUUUCUUUUGAUCGUAGCAUGAUGUGCUGCUGUGUGAGAUCUUUCAGCCUGCUUCCAUACAGGAGCAGGUUGUUUUUCAUAGCCUUCUACCCUUAACAAAUUAAACCAUUUACAAACUAUUUUCCAUUGACCCAGGUAACCUUUGUCCAAUAUUUCUUUGUUUUUGAUCAUCUGAAACAUUCGAAUGUGCCAAAUAAAGAAAAAGCACUUACACCUGAGUUGAUUCAUUGUUGAAUAACUUCCAAGAUUUCAAACAUCCUUUGUUGUCAAAUCUCUGCAUAUUGUUCAUUAAACCUUUUGAACCUUG